CACCAGGCACCAGCGGCAGGCCAGAGGCCACCAGCGCCCCGCCCGACCCUGCGCCUGGGAGCUGUGUGCCUGGGUGACCCUGCGCGCCGCCGGCGGCCGGCGGGCACCCUGCUCGGCAUCCUCACCGCCUUGGUGCUCCAGCGCAACGCGCCACCCUGCUGCCGGUAUGUUCCCCCUCGCAUUCCCUUGCCGACGAUGCCUCCCCGAUUUGUCCUCCCAAAUUCCUCGCCCUAACCCUAACUGCCGACCAUGGCGCCUCGCCGCCUCUAUGCGCGAUGCUGCUCCUCCUUGCAGACAGGACGUUGCCGCCCCCUCCCUGCAGGUCGGCGCCUCGCCACCCUCGGGCCCCGGCUGCCCUGCAACUGUAGGCUGGCACCCCUGCAACCCUGCUGCCUGCCUGCCUGGAGGCCAGCGCCCCUUGCAAAAGCAAUUAUAGCAAUUGAACUAUGAAGAGGAAUGGGGAUAUUGCUUCUCUUUUUAGAAAAUAUGAAGCAAAGAAACUUGCUGCUGCUUCAUCACCACCACCAGCCCCAGCUACAAAAGUGAUUGAAGAGGAAGAUCAAGAGCAAGCUUCUGUGCUUUCAGAAGCAAUUGAUGUUGAUAAUAUCUUGCCACCGCAACCGCAACCACAGCCACCAACUCCGUCGUCGUUGCCGGUCUAUGAUAUCAAUCGCCUUCCACAUGAUCCAGGUGAACGUCUUCCAAUUGCAAGUUAUGAUAUUAAUGAUCAAGAUGCAAUUAGAAGAACAUAUGUUCUGAAAAAGCCAUUCAAGCCAAUUAACCAUGAAUUUCCAAAAAGGAAAAUUGGAAAUAGAUAUCGUUCAUGUAGUCCUGUAUGGUUGUACAACUAUGAUUGGCUUGAAUAUAGUAUCAAGGAAGAUGCUGCAUUUUGCUUCUUUUGCUACUUGUUCAAAAACCCAAAUUGCAAGGCCAAGGGUACAAUUGCAUUUACUGUGAAAGGCUGGAGAAAUUGGAAUAUAUGAGACAAAUCACUUCUGAAACAUAUGGGUUCUAAAGUACACAAGUUAGCUGAAGAGAAAUACAUUGGUUUUAUUAAUCCCAAUGUAGCAAUUGAUAAUCAGAUUGAGAAGUGGAGUGAUGAGGAUCGUCGUCUUUAUAAGAUCAGGUUGACUUAUACACUUAGAUGCAUUAAAUUUCUAUUGCAUCAAGGAAUGGCAUUCCGUGGACAUGAUGAGAGUGAAGAGUCUAGCAACAGAGGGAACUUCAUUGAGCUUUUGAAAUUUCUUGCAGCAAAUAGUGAAGAAGUGAAUAAGUAUGUUCUGAAAAAUGCUAUAGGUAACUGCUCCUUAACCAGCUCAAAGAUACAAACGUAGGUUAUUCAUUGUUGUGCCAUAGAAACUAGAAAGAGAAUAAUUGAAGAACUUGGUGAUGAGCCUUAUGCAAUUUUAGCUGAUGAGUCCAGUGACAUAUCGCAUAAAGAACAACUAGCUCUUUGCUUGCGCUUUGUGGAUAAAUUGGGAAGGCCAUGUGAGCACUUUAUUGGAGUUGUUCAUGUUGAUGAUACUAGCUCUUUAUCACUUAAGGAAGCAAUUGAAGCUUUACUUGUUCGUAAUGGCUUGACUAUAACUCAAAUUCGUGGUCAAGGCUACGAUGGGGCUAGCAACAUGAAAGGUGGUAUUAAAGGGUUGAAAACAUUGAUAAUGAAAGAGUCACCUUCUGUUUAUUAUAUCCAUUGUUUUGCACAUCAACUCCAACUAGUGCUUGUUGCUGUCGCCAAGGGUAAUACUGAUUGUAAGGGCUUUUUUCGAUCAAGUAUCUCUCUUGCUUAAUAUUGUUGGAGUUUCUUGUAAGCGUCAUGGAAUGCUUCGAAAUGCCAAACUUGAGCAAAUCACAAAAGCACUUGAUUGUGGUGAACUUGAAUCUGGGAGUGGAUUAAAUCAAGAGAUGGGGCUGCCUAGACCUGGUGAUACUAGAUGGGGUUCUCAUUAUAAAACUAUAUGCAACAUCAUUGCUAUGUAUCCUUCAAUUCAUGAAGUACUUGUCAAUCUUGGAGAUGAUCCUUUACAUAAGGCUGAUUGGACAAAAAUACAUUUUAUGGUUGGAGCACUUGAGUCCUUUGAGUUUGUUGUUGCUGCACACUUAAUGUUUCUUAUUCUUGGAUAUACAAAUGAAUUGUCCGAGUGUUUGCAAAGAAGAGAGCAAGAUAUUCUUAAUGCAAUCAGUCUUGUUAAUGUGGCAAAGAAUAGAAUGCAGCAAUUGAGGACUAAUGGUUGGGAACAGUUUCUUGAAAGAGUUACUUUGUUUUGCAACAAACAUGGUGUCCAAAUUCCAGUUAUGGAGGAUAAUUAUGUUCCUUAUGGAAAAUCAGCUCGUUAUGCUCGGAACCAAACAAAUGAUGAUCAUUUUAGAAGAGAAAUAUAUAUUGGUGUCAUUGAUCAAAUAAGUCAAGAGCUUGACUAUCGAUUUGAUGAGAUAAAUAUGGAGUUGUUUUCUUGUAUGUCGGCCUUCAAUCCUUCCAACUCAUUUGCUUCUUUUGAUGCACAAAAAUUACUUAGACUAGCUGAGUUCUACCCUAAUGACAUCAAAGGCCAUGAUUUGAUGAAACUUGAAUUGCAACUUGACAAUUAUAUUGAUGAUGUGAGGCAAAAUGAUAGCUUCAAAGGACUUGUGAAUCUUGUUGACCUCUCAGUAAAGCUUGUUCAAACAAAUAGACACACAUUGUAUGAUAUGGUUUACUUGCUUCUCAAAUUGGUAUUGCUUCUACCGGUGGCAACAGCAAGUGUUGAAAGGGUAUUUUCUGCAAUGACUUCACUCAAAACUAAGAAAAGAAAUAAGUUGGGUGAUGCUCUUUUAUAUGAUUGUCUUGUCACAUUUAUUGAGCGGGAUAUUUUCUUUGAGGUGGAUGAAAAUGACAUAAUCAAGACUUUCAUGAGCAUUAGAAAUCGUAGACCCGACAAGUAGCUUUUGUUUUCAUUUGAACUAGUAUGUUUGAGGUAUUUGUAUUAUAAUUUAUACAACUUUGGUAUUUAACCAUCGAAUGUGGAAUGUAAUAUAUGUUCUGGUAA